GCGGGGCUUGUGCCAUAGCGAGGGAGGGAGAAAGGACGAUACUGGUGUGAGGCUGUUGGAGAAGUCGGGCGGAGGGGUCAGGAGUGAGUCCGAGGAAGGAGGUGAGCAGAACAGCAGCGCUGUAAGGUUGAGCGAUGGCGGGGUCUUUGGCUGCCGACCUGGUCCCUCGGCCGGAGAAACUCCCCGAGGUUACACGCAUGCACAGCAUGACGGAUCGGGUGAARGGCUCCCUCUCCGAGUACCGCAACCAGAUCAUCCUGCUCCUGUCCCGCUACGUGGCGAACGGGAAGCACAUGCUUCAGCCGCACGAGCUGAAGAAYGAGCUGGAGCGCGUUGCUGAGCUGGAGUGCUUCGCCGGCACGAAGAUCAAGGAGAGCGCUUUCGGCAAUCUGUUGCGUGCCACUCAGGAGGCUGUGGUCAUCCCUCCUUACAUCGCGCUGGCGGUGCGUCCGCGCGUGGCCGAGUGGCAGUACAUUCGUGUGAAUGUGUUCGAGCUGACGGUGGAGCAGCUGAGCCCGUCCGAGUACUUGGAGUUCAAGGAGCGUCUGAAGGCUGCUGAUGAUGCCGCCGCGCCGGUUUGCAGCGACUUCGCCACUCUGGAGAUCGACAUGGAGCCUUUCAACGCCAACUUCCCGAGGCUGACGCGCCCUUCGUCCAUCGGCGAGGGUCGGCCGCGGACGCGACCCCAUGUUCGUCCGCCAUCCGAGAUCAGACCCGCGGACGCGUCUACGGAUGUUUCAUAGAAGGGAUCGGAUCAGUCAGGAGGACCUCAUCUCCAGCCCUAUUUCAAAUCAUCGAAGCAGACGUCGUGGAUUCCAUUUCAAGCAAAACGAAAAUAAACAAGCAGAGUAGAUUUUAUUUGAUUCAGUUGAAUUCCUGAAUUAAAAUCAAGGAAAUAUACAAAA